CCGACUGGCAGUGCGGCAUCAUUCUCGACCGUACCGUUACAGAAGCAACUUCUAGAACCCCAUUGCAUCAUCAUGAGCGACGCAGUAGCCGAGUCAGCACCCGCUGCACCAGCAGUGGCAUCGCCGAAGAAGGCCCCAGCGGCCAAGAAGACCGGAGCAGCCAAGAAACCGGCGAAGCCCCGCACUCACCCUCCAGCAGCUGAGAUGGUCCUGGCUGCCAUCACCGCACUGAAGGAUAAGAAGGGAUCGUCUCUCCAGGCGAUCAAGAAGUACAUCGCUGCCACCUACAAGGUCGACGUCGACAAGCAAUCGACUUUCAUCAGAAAGUCCCUCAAGUCCGCCGUCGAGAAGAAGACGAUCGUGCAGACCAAGGGAUCGGGAGCAUCCGGUCGCUUCAAGCUCGCCGCCAAGGCAGAGGGUGAGAAGAAGAUCGUAAAGAAACCAGUCGCCAAGAAGCCAGCAGCAGCGAAGAAACCAGCCGGCGAGAAGAAGGCCGCAGCCAAGAAACCGGCUGCUAAGAAGCCAGCCGCCGAGAAGAAAACCGCCGCCGCUAAGAAACCAGCUGCUGCUGCUAAGAAGCCCAAGGCUGCUGCGAAGCCCAAAGCCGCCAAGCCCGCUAAGGCCGCCAAGUCACCGGCAAAGGCUAAGAAGAGCGCAAAGGCUCCAGCUGCCACCAAGCCCAAGGCGCCUAAGCCAAAGAAGGCCGCGGCACCCAAGGCUGCCAAACCAAAAGCCGCAGCCAAGAAGUAAAUUACACAAAUUAAAUCGGCCCUUUUCAGGGCCCACCUGACUCUUUAACCAAACGGCCCUUUUCAGGGCCAUCAA